AUGCCAGAGACAGAGACUCAUUGUAAAAGCAGCAAAAUAAAAAAUAAAAAAAUACACACACAUACUCAAACGAAUAUUAUAAAUAAUAAUAUUUUAAAAAAUAAAAAAUAAAAAUAAAAACUCUCUCAGUUUAGAAUCCUGGAAAGCUCUCAUUUUCAUGGAAAAUCUUUCACAUUCUCGGAAACCAAACAGGGUCGUUUCUCAAGCUGCUGCUACACUCAACAAGCGAACGGCAACUAGCAAUGGCGCCAACAACUUCUCAGGCAGAACCGUGUACGACGACGUUUUCGGUGGUGUUCAGAGGUUCGGUACCGGUGGUGGUCCGACUUUGUCGCCGAGGCCAGAGGAUUACAGCGAGAUUUUCGGCGGAUUUCACGCUUCCCGAGGCGCGUCGAUUCCGGUGCUGGAUCUCCCGUUGAUAGACAGCAGCAACGGGGCGAUGUUUGAUGUACGGAACCCUAGGUUUAACUACGCCGAGGUUUUUGGUGGAUUCGACGGGUCGGACUUCGCUGCUACGUACGAGGAGCUGAUCAGACAAGCCGACGGUGGUGAUCGUCACGAUUAUGAUGGUGAUUCAUCCGAUGAAGCUUGGAUGCAGGAUGAAACCGAGUUUCUGUCAGAAGGGUCGGACCAUUCUGGAAAUUAUCAGUACUUCUCAAAUGGAGAUUAUUAUGAACCAAUCGAUAGCAGUAUGGAGUUCAAUAUAUCGUAUCAUAAAGCCAAUGUUAGAAGCAACAGAGAUAUGUCAAAUGCGGUUACGCAUGUUGCUGAGCUGCAUGCUGAACCUGAAUAUGCUUAUAUAAUUGAAACUUCAUUGGGAAAGACAGAAAACAAGAGUCCAAUAUUGCAUACGACGGAUGAUAUCAAUCUUGAGUUCACUGGAGGAGUUGUGAAGAAAAAACAUCUUCGGAAAACUGUGUCGCAUCCUGCUAAUGGGGCUGGUGAGCAAACAUUUGCAUAUGAUUCCACUCAAAGACGAUACCAGGGAAAGGACUCAUGUUCAAAUGAGUCAUUCAUAACAAUUUCCGAAAUCAACUUAAGGACUCAGCCAUCUCAUGUCCCACCUCCCGCUAGACCUCCGCCACAUGUCCGUGUCAAUAAUGGAGACCAUCAAAGUGUUAAACAUGCUGUUUCUGGAGAGGGAAUGGGUGAUAGUUCACCUCCUUUCUUUGAUGUUGAGAUAGAUGCAAGCUCAGCCGCUGUGGCCUCUGCUGCUGCUAUGAAAGAAGCAAUGGACAAAGCUCAAGCACAGCUGAAGAGUGCGAAAGAAUUACUCGAGAGGAAGAGGGAAGGAAUUGAAAACUCUACUAAACUGGGUUCAAAGUCUGAUGGGAAAGGUAAGAAGGAAAGGACCAGUAAGGCUAUCGAUGAGUCCAGUGAUAUAAAAGAUGACAAAGUUCUGGGCAUCAAGGGAAAAGAAGACAAUGGAACGAAAAUAUCUGUUAGAGAGGAGAGGCAAAAGGCUGUGAAAACCCUGGCACCGGAUUCAAUGGAAGGUGAAAAGCUUUUUAAUGUGUCCAAAUAUUUUGUAGUUGAGAAGCAUGGGAAGGAAUCCCGGUCUAUUGAAGAGUGCGGUGAAGUUGAUGGAGCUGAUGAAUGGCAGGAGGAAACUCAAUUUUUUGAAUUGGUUCGAACAGAUAAAUCAAGAGUGGGAUUUCAGCACACAAACACUGAUAAAGUUUUUGUCCAGAGCAUGAAAUUUAAUGAGCCUCAGUAUAAAUCUCAGAAGGCAAGCAUCGGAGCAGUGGAGCAACUGGAAAGUGACAUGAAAGUUGAAGCUGUUAGGGAAGACCAUGAACUGGAGAAAGUCGAGAGAGACAUGAAAAUGGCAAAAGAAGCUAAAGAGGCCCGUAGGCAUAAAGGGCAUGAGAAAAAGGUAAAGUCAGCUCAAGAGGUUGGUGCAGAGGAGAAUGGGCAAUCUAUAACAGCACGGAAACUUUCGGGAAAUGGUAAGAAACCGAAUGGAGCUGAUGAACUGGGAAUACGUGAGAAACGAGUAAAUGCUCAAGAAAAGGAAAAUAAAGUUGAAGUUCAGCGGGCAAUGGAACAGAAAGAGAGAGCACAGCAGGAGAAAGAAAUUAGUAAAUAUAUUCCAAAUCCAAAGAGAGUUGAGGGGUGUGAAGAAAGAGAAGACGAAGAAAAAAGUUGGAGGGAAGUUUCUAAGCAGGAAGAAAAUGAUAUAAUACUUGAGCGGGUUCUUGUACAAGCAGAGAAUGAGACAAUGCUGAGAGAUGCUGUUCAGCAGGAAGAGAAAGAGAAGAAAUUGAAGGAAGCUCAUGAACGAGAAGAGAGAAGGAAGAAAGAGAAGGUGGCACGUGAACUAGAAGAGAAGGAGAAAAAAUUGAAGGAAGCUCAUGAACGAGAAGAGAAUGAGAGGAGAUUGAGGGAGGCUCGUGAACGAGAAGAGAUAGAGAAGAAAUUGAAGGAAGCUCGUGAACGAGAAGAGAAUGAGAAGAGAUUGAGGGAGGCUCGUGAGCGAGAAGAGAAAGAGAAGGAGAAGGAGGCACAUGGACGAGAAGAGAAAGAGAAGAAAUUGAAGGAAGCUCGUGAACUAGAAGAGAAAGAGAAGAAAUUGAAGGAAGCUCGUGAACGAGAAGAGAAUGAGAGGAGAUUGAAGGAAAUUCGUGAACGAGAAGAGAUUGAGAAGAGAUUGAAGGAAGCUCGUGAACGAGAAGAGAAAGAGAAGAAAGAGAAGGAGGUACGUGAACGAGAAGAGAAAGAGAAGAAGUUGAAAGAAGCUCGUGAACAAGAAGAGAACGAGAAGAGAUUGAAGGAAGCUCGUGAACGAGAAGAGAAUGAGAAGAGAUUGAAGGAAGCUCGUGAACGAGAAGAGAAAGAGAAGGAGGCACGUGAACGAGAAGAGAAAGAGAAGAAAGAGAAGGAGGCACGUGAACUAGAAGAAAGUGAGAAGAUAUGGAGAAUGGCGCUUGAACAGAUAGAGAAUGAGAAAAGAUUAAAACAAGCACGUCUGCAGGAAGAAAAUGAGAGGAGACAGAGAAUGCUAGAGGAGGCAGUUGAGCAAAAUGAUUGCAGCAAACCAGUGAAAGCAGUCCAAGAUACAGAAGAUGAAGUCAACCAAAAAGUAGUUGAGCAGGAAGUAACUGAAGAAUUGCAGGGAGUAAACUAUGUAUACCAGCAAACUGCAAGGGGUGAAAACGGGAAGAAACAGAAAAUUGCCAAAGAAACUCAUCGGCAUGGGGAGGGAGAGGAUCCUGUGAUAUCUAAUAAGGUAAACAAACAGGAUCAUAUCAAUAAUCAUAAAGAAAAUCAAUUGGAUGGAAAUAAUGAUCAAAACUUUGAAGAGCUGGAAGAAACUGACGAGUUGGUUCUUGAAGGAAAUGGAAAGAUGGAGGCCGAAUUUAGAGACUGUGAAAGGAGAACAGAAGCAAUGGGGCAAGGGGGUGUUGAUGGAAAGUUCAAUGCAUCCAGAACGGUGCCAUGUGACUUAGAAGUUAAAGCUAACCAGUUAAGAAAAGAUGAUAUCUCAGUCUUGCGUCAUCAAAAUAAGGGUGUGAAGAAAGCCGAUGAAGCUGUAAUUGGCAUUGGACAAACAAAUGCUGAGAACAUUAACAGCGUCUCAGAAAUGGACUCUAAUAAUGACAAGCAGAGGUUGAAAUCUGCUUAUGAAUGGAGGGAAAGAGCAAGGAAUAUCAAGGAGGCCCAGGUUUCCUCAUCUCUUGAAGAAAACAAGGAUAAGUAUGUGUCAGCUCAAGUGGUGAAUGAGUCUGUUGAAACUGGAAGGAAACCAGAAGCUGCUAAGGCAUCUGUAGUGGACGGGAAAGGAAGCACUCAGAGAACAGUUCACCAGGUUAAGGUAAGUCAGAAUAUGGAGAGGAAAGACAAGAAUAUUAUUGAGAGCCUUACACCUGAAGAUAAGGAGGCUGAAAGGCUAAAGAGAGAGAGAGAACUGGAACUUGAACGCCUUAGAAAGAUAGAAGAAGAAAUAGAGAGGGAGAGAGAAAGGGAAAAAGAUAGGAUGGCUGUUGACAGCACAGUUCUCGAAGCUCGUGAAAGGGGAUAUGCUGAAGCCCGGGAGAGGGCAGAGAAGGCUGCUCUAGAAAGAGCAACUACUGAAGCUCGUCAAAGAGCAAUGGCAGACGCACGUGAGAGAUUAGAGAAGGCAUGUGCAGAAGCUAGGGAGAAGUCUUCUAUGGAAGCCAGGCUCAGAGCAGAGCGUGCUGCUGUGGAGAGAGCAACUGCUGAGGCUCGAGAGCGUGCGGUGGAGAAAAUAAUGGCUGAAAGGGCUGCUUCUGAGGCGAGAGAGCGAGUAGAACGGUCUAUGUCAGAUAAAUUUUCGACUUCUUCUAGAAACAGUGGAAUGAGAAGCAGCUAUUCAUCCUCUGAUCUGAAGGAUCAGCAUUUUCAGAGCACCAAUUCUUUUGGUGGUUUAAGAUAUCCGUAUGCCUCCGCUUAUAAUGGGGUUGAAGGUGAAUCAGCUCAGAGGUGUAAAGCCAGAUUGGAGAGAUAUCAACGAACAGCUGAACGUGCAGCUAAAGCUCUCGAAGAAAAGAACAUGCGCGAUCUUGUUGCUCAAAGAGAGCAAGCUGAAAGAAAUAGAUUAGCAGAAUCUCUUGAUGCCGAUGUCAAGAGGUGGUCGAGUGGGAAAGAAGGGAACCUUCGUGCAUUGCUUUCAACUUUGCAAUACAUCCUUGGCCCAGAGAGUGGUUGGCAGCCAAUUCCGUUAACCGAAGUUAUAACUUCAGCUGCUGUUAAGAAAGCAUACAGAAAAGCCACUCUUUGCGUCCAUCCCGACAAAUUACAGCAACGAGGUGCAAGCAUUCAUCAGAAAUACAUUUCUGAAAAGGUCUUCGAUCUUCUAAAGGAAGCUUGGAACAGAUUCAAUUCAGAAGAGCGGUAAAAUGCAAUUUUUUUAAAAAAAUACAGGUGCGAAUUGCUUCAUUACAAUUAAGCAAUGUUGCUGUAAAUUUUACACUGUUAGCAUAGUAAAUGAUCCUCUUUUUGUCUAUUCUAUAUUUCUACGGCAUGUACUUGUGUGUAAUUCAACUAUUUAUAAGCCCAAAGAAAUAGAUGCAAAGAUUCUUAGUUAAAAGGCUAUGGAACACGAACUCCAUGUAAUUGUGUAUAAUUCAACUGUUCAUUGGCUGGACAGCUUGCUCCGCCCGACUCAUACUCGAGUUCGAGAUUUUUUUUAAUAUGGUAUUAAUGUUUAUUUUUUAAA